AUGUCUGUUGCAGCCCAUAUUUCCCUGCCUUUGACUGAGUUUGGCUAACCUGGAUCAAGUGGACAGCUCAUAAUGAAAGUGCUCUUUCUUUCCCAGUAUGUGUGCUUGGCUCUUUCUCUGAACCAUGUGGCUCCAGUAAUUGCCCCUCUGGCACCAACAAUCAUCCAUGUGAUUAUCUAAUCAGCCAAUCAUGUGGCAGCAGUGCAGUGCAUAAAAUCCUUCAGAUACGGGUCAGGUGCUUCAGUUAAUGUUAACAUCAACCAUCAGAUUGAGGAAAACAAAUUUGAUCUCAGAAUGCUUUUCUGAGAUGCGGAUUGGCACUGUUUUGACAACACAAGGGGGGACCUACACAAUAUUAAGCAGCCACCAUGCUGUCAACAUGGCAGCAGAUAAACCUGAGGGCCAUUCACAUUCUAAAGUGUGGAACGAACAAGAUGCAAAACUUGACCGCUGUGAAGGAAUUGAGUUUGAUGCCAUUACCCCAGAUGAAAAAGGAAACACUUUCUUUUUUAAAGGUGACCAUCUAUGGAAAGGUUUCUCUGGGCCAGCUGAGCUCUUAAAUAGCACAUUCCAAGAACUGUAUGACUAUCAUCACCUGGGUCAUGUUGAUGCAGCCUUUCGCAUACACCAUCAGGAUGAUCCUAAAGCUCAUGACCACAUCUUCUUUUUCCUGGAUGACAAAGUGUUUAGCUAUUACAACUAUACUCUAGAAAAAGGCUAUCCUGUAAAUAUCCAGCAGGAAUUUCCUGGUGUCCCCAGCCACUUAAAUGCUGCUGUUGAGUGCCCAACUGGCGAAUGCGUCACCGAUUCAGUGCUGUUCUUCAAAGGAAAAGAAGUUUAUAACUUUGACAUCAAGACAAAGUCAGUCAAGAAGAAGGUGUGGAGUCACUUGCCAAACUGCACAUCUGCCUUCCGCUGGCUAGAGCACUAUUACUGUUUCCAUGGUCACCACUUCACCAGAUUCCAUCCUGUUUCUGGAGAAGUGACAGGAACAUAUCCAAAGGAUGCACGAAAAUAUUUUAUGAGGUGUGGCGAAGGAUUUGGUCAUGAAGCUGGUUUCAGAAAGCUGCCCUGCAAUGAGACCAAGCUAAAUGCCAUCACCACAGAUGAUAAAGGGAGAUCUUAUGCAUUCAUUGAUUCAAAUUAUAUUCGUUUGGACACCCACCGUGAUGGCAAUCACCCUUUCCCUAUUGCCAGGUCAUGGAAGGAAAUUGCUGGUGGAGUGGAUGCAGUUUUUUCUUAUGGUGAUAAUAUGUACAUCAUCCAGAGUGAUCAAAUCUAUAUCUAUAAGUCAGCAGCCCAUUAUACUCUCAUAGAGGGCUACCCUAAACCUCUGAAGGAAGAGCUGGGCAUUGAGGGUCCUGUGGAUGCAGCAUUUUUGUGUGCAAAUCAGCACAUUGCACACAUCAUAAAAGGUCAAAAGAUGUAUGACAUCGAUCUUGCAGCAACUCCUCGAGCUGUUAAACAGGAGAGGUUUAUUCCUUUUCCAGAAGUUGAUGCAGGCCUUUGUGAUGCUGAUGGUAUAAAGGUGUUUAUUGGUUCAGAAUACUAUGUGUAUAAAAGUCAGAUGAUUCUGGCUCUGAGCAAGUUCAGACCUCAACCGCAAAAGAUCUCACCAGAUCAAUUUGGCUGUGAAGAAAAAAGACUCCUAAGACUACAACAAGGCCACAGCUUCUGAUUACCAACAAUCCUCCUCAUCCUGUAGUCUGGAGACAGAUGAUAACUUGGAAUAUUCUUGAAGAAUACCAAAAUGAAAACAUAUUUUUUUCUUAUCUACAAUGGAUCUCUCACUUUCCAGAGGGUAGCGACUUGUCACACAGAUGGUUUUGUGUCUACUAUAAUGCCAUGAAAAGUAUUAUACAUGAAUAUCCAUUUGACUGGUUCAAAAUUCCUGUGAUGCAGGCACAACCUCCAACCCUGCUCACCUUCCAGCUGAGGCAACAGCUCUCUCAUGACCCACAAUUCAUCAUGGUGUUACAUGAAAUAAAAAGCAUCAUACUGGAAACCAUUAGGCUUUCUCUCUUUCUGCUGUUUGCUAUCAUAGAGAAAAGCAAAAGGGAGAUAGUAUGCAUUAAUUAAUGCAGGAAUUAACCUCAGGGUAUGCAAAAACCUGACCAAGUAAAGAAGUGCACCCUGUCUAGGUUGGUCUGGGGGAAUGCUCACUUGGGAGAUUUGUAUAAAAAAAAAGAUUGGCUUUCAAUUCUGCUAUCGUUGAGAGAAGCAUGUUUUUAUUUUCUUGAGUAUGUGUAGCAUUCAUGUAACUAUUGGCUAAAACAUUUCUAAAAGACAAAUAGUGCAGAAUGCAGGUGUCUCAAGAGGCAAUUUAACUGUUGAAGUUCUGUUUAACUUAACACUGCAUCUAAAAACUUCUGUGCUCCUGUGAUAGAUGCUAAAAACAGAGCAAAAUAUGUCUCAGUUUUCAAAGACAUCUGUCUAGCACAUGUUUACAUAGGAAAAUAAUAAAAAAAAAGCAGCCCAGGUGAUGCAAAAACAUG